CGAGUAGUUAAUUGCUACUAAUGUUUUGGGAAAGACAGAUGCAAAAUAUCUGUGUAUCUGACCUUUACAACCUGCGUCUCUCUAAUUAUGCUUCUGCCAGGGAGGGCUGCUCGCGUUGCCUUCUGAUGCCUGUCCUUGUCACCAGGACAACAUGAGCUCUUAUUUCCUCAGGGUAUUCUGCUACAGAUGUUAUAGAAGGUUAAUUUAUAUGGAGUAGCAUUUCACCGACACUUCCACGGGGGUGAAUCCUUCCAGCAAUAUGACACUUGCCCAAAGUAAUAUAUUAUCUGUGUGGAGGACCCUAUUAAUGCAGUUGCUAUGGUGGUAUAAGUUCAGUUUUAUGUAUUUGUUUUCAAGUUACCAGACUACUUACUUCUUUGUCAUUUUUCAAGCAUGUCAGAUUGACUACAUUUUGUGUGGCAUUAAAAUAGCUUAGUGUUGUUUGCAUUCUUUCUUCUUCAAAAUAGUAUUCCAUUUUACAUUUCACAUGCCUGGAUUUUAUUAUUCAGUGAAGCGCUGAUGUAUAAAUGGAAGUGUCAGUGAUUAAAGAUAAUAUAAACUACUAUAUUGUCAGAAGGACUACUGUUGACUGUCUGCACAUAUAGUAAAGAUUAUCUGAUUAGUUUUGUUGCAGUAUUAACUGCAGAUCAUGAAAGAUUCUUUCGAGUGCUUACUUUCAUGCAGCACACUUUGUAUGAGUUUCUGUAGUGUAGCAGCUGUUACUCCCCCUUGCCCUUUUAAUAGGUUAUUUGACAACACUUUAACUUGUUCUCUGCUGUGACAAUAAUUACCAGCAAACUUUGCUUUCUUAAAAUGUCCGUGGGAAGUGUGUUGCAUUACUUCAGUGCUUCAAGAGAUAGAUGGAAUUUUAUCCACAAAAAAGUAAAGCUCCUCUUGUUCAUCUUUUAUAUAGUAGCAGCCUGUCGGCCACCGACAUUAAGAUAACGUUUUUCAUGCUGCUGUCUGCAGUGUGCGUAAUGCUGAACUUGGCUGGUUCCAUUCUCUCUUGUCAGAACGCUCAGCUGGUAAAGUCCCUGGAAGGAUGUCAGUUGAUUAAAUUUGACAGUGAUGGUGUCUGUGUUUGCUGUGAAAUGCAGCAUCAAACAUCAGGCUGCAGUAACCUGGGAGAAACGCUGAAACUGAACCCUCUGCAGGAGUGUAAUAUUGUGAGGCUGACCCUAAAGGACCUGUUGUUCAGUGUGUGCGCUCUCAAUAUCAUCUCCACCAUUGUCUGUGCUUUGGCAACAGCAAUGUGUUGCAUGCAGAUGGUUUCUUCUGAUCUUCUGCAAAUGCAGGAUGAUAUCACACAGUUUCUGCCACAGAGGCCACAUUCUACCAAUCCAGACUGCAUGACUCCACAUGGAACUAUCCUGCAUCAAACCUUGGAUUUCGAUGAGUUCAUACCACCAAUACCGCCUCCACCCUACUACCCACCAGAAUAUACUUGCACGCCGGUAAUAGAGGCACAGAGCAGAAGUCUCCAUCUGGACUUUCCUCAUUCCACAUUCAGUGCUUUAUAUGAAGUAACCAUUAACAGCCCAGGGAUGCUGUACCCGUCUGAGCUGCCCCCUCCUUACGAGGCAGUGAUUGGAGAGACACCGGCCAGUCAGGUCACUGGCGCUGAUCAGCAAAUACCGGAAUCAAGUUUGGAUGAGAGGAACAUGACCCUGGACAUCAGCACACAAGUUUCUGUUGAGAGCGCCGCUCUGAUGGUCUCUGACGCUGUUGAUAUCCCAGACCGCAGCUACUCCUCCGAAGAUCUUUGUUCGCUGGGAGUUCAAGGAUCUCUCCAUUCUGCAGACCUUUCUCCCUUCUGUACAACCCCCAGAGGGGCUACGGACCAGAGCUGCAGCACUCUGGAUUACAGCACUCGCUGUGCGUUCCACAGAACUCGUUCAGAGGGUUUUCCCGAUGAGGAUGACAGUUCUCGCAGCCGAUCCUCUACAGACAGGACUCAAGGACAGGAAAAGAACUGUGCCCGUGGCAGGUCCUUGGACAGUUCCUCAGAGAAUUUUAGCCCCUCAGAAAGAGAACUGCAGACUUCUACUCAAGAGAGCAGUGCCACACCACCUUUGAAGCAAAAGAAAAUCUACUGUGCGGACUUCAGCCAGUCUCCUGUCCCUUCCCAGACCUCUCCUUGUUUUGGGCCUGCAAAUACUUCAUCAUGCGUGAGCAGCCACGAGACUGCUGUGCAGCAGCAUCCCAUUACAAAACACCGAAUUUCAAAUAUAGUCCGAUCAACUAGUGACCCUGUGUCAUGUUCAUCUUGUACAGAAGGUGAUAAUUGUGCCUGGACUCCUGUACGUAGCCAGCGCCACGGUGCAGGAUUAUCCCCAGCUACCUUAGAAACAGUUGCUGUUUCUGGUUCUCAUAUGGCUGCCUCUGCUUGUCAGCAUUCUUUCCUGCCGCCUGGAAAACAGAGGGAUAAAAGGAAAAUUGAUCUCUGCCUAAAGCCGAAGGCUUUGCACACAGUCUCAAAAGAGCGACCGCACUCUUUAGUGGACCUUAAGGCCUAUAAAGACACAAAAAUUUUAGUGGCCAAAUUUUUGGAACAUUCAAACUGUAAUCUCCCUCCAGAAGUCCGUCACGUAGUGAACAGCAUACGCUCAGUAAUAAAAUCUGAUGAGAGACACAUGGAAGAAGCCAUCUUCAGUGCCAACAUUAUAGACCAGGUGAUUACGAGUUCCCAGCAGAAUGUGAAUACCUCUAGAAAGCGACUUCAAGAAGACCUUCAUCUUCAGAGCUGUGGCGCUCUGAGCUCUCCAGUUGCCUUCUUGCGUCGGUCCCAUAUCGCUCGCAGUCUGGAGCGGGACAGGCCUCACAGCUUAAUUGGAGUUUGCCGGGAGACCAUCCUUUGAGAAUACUCGCAGGUAUGUGAUUCCAGCAAAGAGAAUUAAGGAAGAAACCAGGACUGGGCAAAAUACAAGUAGUGGAUGACUUAAAAAGGAAAAAGUGUCUUCCUUUGGAAUUCCACUUCUUUCCAGCAGCGGGAGGAAUGUUUUUCUGAAUGUGAAUUUCAGCCCUGAUUUUUACAAAAUUUUAACUGAUUUAUUAGUAAAGUCAUAACAAAUGUUUUCCCAACUAGAAAUGCAUUUAUUUCUCUGUAUUUAUAGAAAUGCUACUGGUGCUGCGUAGCAUCUCUUGAAAACCACUGGAGAACUGCCAGAGACCGGCUGUACAACUUAAAAGUUGUAUUUAUUUAAUGUACCUCAAAGUGUUUUAACUAUGAUCAGUGUUUUAAUAAAAAGUAUUUCUGGACUUUGCUUUUUUCAACAACUGAUUUGGAUAGAAUUGUCGAGGUGGUACCUACGCACGUACAGUGCUGCUUCUAAUCUGCUUCCCCAGCGUCCCCGUGUCUCUCGCGCCAGGCCAGUGGAUCUGGCCUGCUCAAAGCGCUCCCCUCCGCCCCCUUUGCCCUUUCAAUGACAGUAGAGGCUGCAGCGUGGUUUAUUUUCGCUUUGUUUUGGAUACUCAUGAGUUUAUUGAUGGAGCAGCGUACGCUGUUGAAAACUAACAGCGAAGUAUUCUGCCAGUUGUGACCAAAAUGUGCAUUAGGAAGUCUUUGAAAUUCUGCAUUUCCAAAAAGCUUAUUUCACAAACCUUUUACAAAUUCCAACCGAUAGGGAGUCAGACGAAUUCUAAUCUAGCAGAGCCUUGAGCAUUUCUUUUAAUAGUUGUUACUUUGAUUAGUAGUUUUGACAGCUGUAUUACUGAAACACAUCCUUGUGGUUCUGCUGCAUUUGUGAUUUAUUUAACACUGAUCUUAAAAACAAAAAAAAAAUAAUCAAAAAGUAAGUAUCAUUGUCACUAAUUUGAUUACCAGCAUAAACACAGGUCUGCCAGCAACACCUUCCAGUGCGAGCUUCAUCCUGGCUCUGUCAGAGGAAGCCGGAAAGGCCUUAAACAAAAGGUUCUCAUAAAGAACCUACCCCAGGUUGAUGUUUCAGGGUUUGAAUUUAUUUUUGCAGCAGUGCUUGUCAGCAGCGUUAGUUUCCAUUUGAGGUUUAAUCAUAUUCUGGUUUCAUUUGUGUCACUCUGGGCUGGCAGACAUCCUGUGGAAAGGUCACAAAGGAAUGCAGCUGAAGAUGGGCAGUCGUAAGUUUUACAGAAUCAUCUAUUUAAUGUAUUUUAAUUAUACCUUCUGUAGCGAUGUGAAGUUACAGUGACAUCCUGUGGCAACAAGGUAUGCAAAUUGAAAGCAUCUACUCUCAAGAUAAUCCACAAAUUCCUAAUUGAAGAGAUUAAUUCCUUUUUAAAAAAUAUAGUAGUCUGUGACCUUUGCAACUGCACUUAGAUGAAGAAUUAAAUCAUCUUCUACUUGGAUUUUUUAUUAUGUAAACUUACACAACAAACAAAAUAAGCGAGCUUCCUUUAUUUUUUCAGAUUUAUUAGUGAUAGUAGGUUAAUUCUUUCCUAAGGUCAGUUGCAUGCAACACACGACUCCUUGAAGUACAGUCAUCCAGAGCUCUUUAGUUACUGCAUGGUAAGGCUUCUUAAGUCACAGUGUAUUUUCUUCAAGGCCUUAGCCAAAAAAAAAUGAAUCUAGACAAGAAGUUACACCGAUGAACAUUUAUCUCAUAAGGAAUACAGCUUUACUACUGCGAUUCUUAUCUACACGCAUUCUAAUACUGCUGAUGGUGCUAAGGUUAUUUGUCAAAACAAUUUACAUUCAGAACACAUUGCCUUAGGAAUAAGAAUACUUUAUAAAAGACAGAAACAGGUAAGCAUGGCUUUCCCAUUUUGAGCUGAUAUAAACAAAAAGAUAAUAUGCAAAAACUUAAAAGACCCCAGCCCAGUACAUACAUUACGCAACCUGUGCAAUAAGUUAUCCAUGAAAUAACUCUGUUAAAUCAUAAAAAUCACAAGCAUUAAAAAUAAAUAUGUAUCUAAAUAAAUAUUUUGAUUUUAAUCUUGUGGCAAUUAUUCUUUAUUUAGCAUAUGAAACACCUGUUACAUGUUUAUGUUCACACCUUGCCAAACAGGUUACACUUGUCAUAACAAUACCGAGUACUACAGUGGUUUUCUUUACAUUAGAAUCUAGAAGGUUUAACGGCACACAUUCCUUCCCACUGAAAUACCAGCUAUUCAGCACCAGUUUUAAAAUUACGCAAAGCCAUCGAUAUCGGACCACUUUAUGGGACUGGGAUGAUUUUUUUAACUUGAGGCAGCUGUAACUUUCUCUAUUCGCUUCUCUUUGCCAUUUCCUGCAGUCUCAUUCAUCAAAUACUCACAUUCACCGUG